AUGGGCAUCUUCUCGCGCUCACCACGCCUCAGUGCUACACGACUACACGACUCGCAUCCCGCGCCGAAGAACAUGGACCGGAUACGUCGCGCAUGUGCGUCUAGCCCGCCUGCUACUGUCAACCCAAACGAGUUUCAUCUCUUUACUCAACUUCCACCCGAGCUGCGCCUCAAAAUCUGGAAUUUCAACUUGCCAAACUCACGCCUCGUUCCUAUACGCUGCGGCUCCGGGUCGCCGUCAUUGCGCGAGGCGCCGGCCCGCCCUCUUGGCUGUACGACCGGUUGUACGUCAGGCGCGCCUAUCCCGGUCAAUCUUCAUGUGUGUGCCGAAUCCCGCGCCGAGGCAUUCAAGAGCUACAGCUGCGCCUUUGGCUUCGCGCGCGGCCCUGGGCAGGUCAUCUUCAACCCCGACAGAGACAUUCUCUUCUUUGGACCUCGGGAUGGCUACAUGGCGGCAGAUUCCCAGUUUCACACUUGCAUGUCCAUGUGUGACCAAGGCGAGCUGGCCUGCGUUCGCCGAGUCGCCAUCAGCGACGCCCUGUUCUGGAUCGACGAGACAUACAGAUCGAUGACGGCCGCGAGCCUGACGGUCGAGGUGAUUAAGCAGCUGGCCCUUCGCAUGCCCAACCUGGAACAGGUAUAUUUUGUGCCACGCGAGGAGGACGAGGGGAGCGACCUUGCCAUGGUCGAAGAGCGCAUGGCAUGUCAAGUGCAAAUGGCGGUCGCUACGGUGUGUCAACAGCUGCCACGCUGGCGGCCGCCCCCAUGCGACAUCAUCUGUCUAAGAACGCUUUCAAGAAUCGGCGGCUGA